GGGGCGGGGAUUCGGAAGGGAAGUGGAGAUAAAAAGGCAGGUUGAGGUGAGGGAGCGGCUGAGAGCUGCAGUCGCACAGCGUUCCCUCCCCUCCGCGGUCCCCGGUCCCCGGUGUCCCCUCUCCGGGAGCUCGGGCGUAGGACAUCCCUUGCAGCGCUUGUCUAGCGGGGCCGUGCGUCCGGAGCCAUGGGCGCUGUCAUAUCUGCCCUGCUGGUGGGGGGAGGUCUGGCCGGUGCGCUCUUCGUCUGGCUUCUGCGGGGGGAUUCCGGGGACCAGAACGCGGGGACCGAGGAGGAGCGCAAGUUGUCGCCUGAAGAGGUGGCCGCAGCAGCCCUGAAAAGGGACGGAGGGAACGGAGGAAGAGAUGGCGAGGACCCCUUUUGCCACAAACACGAGCAGGUGACCCAACUCGGGGAGCAGAAGGAGGACCGGAACGUCAAGAAAGCAGCCGGAGAGCAUCAUCAGGAAAGUAAUGGAUGUUUGGUGAGUGAGUCCAAGAGCAGUGACCUUGAGGGUCCAACAUGGAAAACGCAGAACAGUUCUACUCAAGACUUUGACUGUCUGAGAUCAGGAGAGCAGCCCUCUUCCACUCAGCUGCUAGGUACAGAAUCUCUGACUCUCUCGGGACUUACUAACUCUGUGAAUUACUUGGAAGUCUUAAGUGGGGAAAGUCCAGAAUCUUCUCAACCAGCAGAUCCUCUCAAAGGACAGGAGACAGCUGUGUGUUCUACAGGGAAGUUCCCUUCUGACAAACAUGAAGAACAGUUGAAAACUCUACAGAAGGAAGGUCCAGAUUUGGUUGAUCAUGAGGACUGGGAAAUGGUACAAAAGUACUCGGUAUGGAGAGAUGCUAGUAAGGGCAAAAGCUCUGAGCAUUCUCAUGCUGGUGUAUCGGUGCUUGAAUUCCAGACAUCGAGCCCAAAUCAGGGACUGGACUAUGGAAGAGACUCCCUCAUGGAUGCCCAAGGUCAAGAAGUUCAUUUGAGAACAAAGAGAGUGGCAGCAGUGUCCCCAUUGUCUCAGCAUGUCAGCGUCCAGUUCCAGGUCCAUUACAUCACCACGUCGGAUGCGGCGGUGGUGGCGGUCACUGGAGACCAUGAGAGCCUUGGCAGCUGGCACAAUUACAUCCCACUCCAGUGUGGAAAGGACUGGUUCUGGUCCCGAUCUGUCCCUUUGCCAAUGGAUAUGACACUGAAGUGGAAAUUUGUGAUAGUGGAGAAUGGGAGCAUUGUCCGUUGGGAAGAAUGUAGUAAUCGACUGUUGGAGACUGGGAAUGAAGAUAUGGCCGUUCAUAAAUGGUGGGGCUGUCACUGACUGGUUUGGGGAGCAUCAGAAUAACUUAGGACUAUUUUUAAACUAUCGUUUUAUUUCACAGGAACAAGAACUCCAGGUUAUCUUCAGUAGCUCUUUUAGCCUAUGGAGUUCAUCCAGAGUUAUUGACUGCAUUUUUGUGAAGCUUGCUGCUGCUGAGUGCCCCUUUCUCUCCCUCAGCUCCAUGGAGCUUUGUAACAUCCCAUCCAUUGAUGCCCUUGCGCUGGUCCAUUUCCACUGCUUUGCCCAGUUGCUUGGGGGCAAGGUGCUGAGUGGGUUCUGUUGAAUGGUCAUAGUGGGAAGCAAGGUUUCCUGCUUCCUGUGGGGGACCAGCAUCUCCUUCAAAGGUCACCCGACUCCUAGUUUAGUGAGGACAUUGUUUGGACUGUUUUGAGAGUAAAGGAAUAAUGUCUUUCCUUGUACCUCAAGUGCCUGGUACAAUUGCCUGUUGAUUUAAUGUAAUGAAAGGGUCUUGCCUCGUAGAUGUCGUUGGCUAAGACAUGAAUUAAUAUUUUAUGUAGGGCCUAGGCCAACAUUUUGAGCAUUAUUUUUUAUUUGUUGGGAGGGAGAAAUGUAUUUUUAGCUUAGUUCUCUCAGUGACUGAUAGUCAUGGUAACUCCCUCAAUUGUGCUUCUUCUGGGCAUGGGAAUGAAAGUGGGAUUAGAUUCAGGAAUUGCGAUGAUACCACAUGGAUUCAACCCUAAAGCAUACACUUCUGGGUGCCCCAAUCUGGAACAAAGAAAUUUCUGGAACAUUCAAUGUCUUCUAUUUCUUUCCCCACCGGCCCGGUCCAACAUGUGUAACAUGUAUGUUUAUGCUCACAGUUCUGGCUGACAGUACUGGUGUCUGUAAUCAUGGUAUGAUGCUAGUUGUAGACAACCAGGAACAAUACUGCUAUCCUGGAAACUAUGGGGGAAAUGAACUAAGUAAAUAAUAAAGCUUGCUAUUUUCAUAUCUUUUA